AUGGCACAGAUGAUGGCAAAAUUAAAUGACAAGGGAAAAGAUAUGAAGGGCAGUAGCUUAGAAUUAGAAUCAAGACCCAAAGAGGAUGAACUUUACUUCAGAGACAAGGCAGACAUAUGGUUCCAUGGAGUAUUCAGUGGCCGAGAGGCCAUUCCCUGGGGAGAAUUAUCCAAUGCACUCUGUGAAAGAUUUGGAGAUGGUUCUCCAGAAGAAGCCAUUGAAGAAUUCAACAAGCUGAUGCAGUCAGGUUCUGUCGCAGAUUACUUGGACAAGUUUGAGAUGCUCAAAUCUCUGGUAAUGUCUUCCCUUCCCCACUUACAAGAUUCCUAUUACAAAGCAUGUUUCUUAAGUGGAUUAAAAGAAGAAAUAGUAACCAUGGUGAAGAUGGCUAAACCUAAGACUUUAGCAGAUGCAAUUGAUGCUGCCAAACUGCAGGAGAGGAAUUUGAGAGCUCUACAAAAGAUCCAUAAACCACCUUCCCAUGGCCCCAACUUCCAAAAACCUCUGCCUAAAACUCAAAACUAUCCCAAAUGGAACUCACCUAACCCCAAAUUUCCUGACAAUCAGACCACCAAGACCCAUAAUAACUAUACCAAUAACCAGGACCAGUUCAAAAAAAUAACUCGAGUAGAACUUAACCAUAGGAGAGAGAAGGGACUUUGUUUCAAAUGUGUUGAACCCUAUACCCUGGGCCAUAUUUGCAGACAAUCUCAUGUGAAUCUAUUAUUAAUGGGAGAUGCGGAGGGGAUAGCUAUUAAGGGUAAGGAGGAAAAGGGAGAUGAGACAGAUGUCUUCUGUGAUUGUAUUGGAGGAGAGCUAGGGGAUGAACUCAUGGAAGUUUCUGUCCAUGCCUUAGAAAGGGGUAGUGUACACAAAACCAUUAGGAUAAAGGGGAUAAUCAAGGGGAGGGUUGUUAUUGUACUAGUUGACAGUGGAAGUACACACUGUUUUAUGGAUGAACAGGUAGCCAGAAACUCGAAGUUAGAGACUAAUGGACAGGCACUAGCAGUUAGAGUAGCAAAUGGGGAAAAACUGCAAUCCAGGAGCAUAACCAAACCUAUAACAUGGAAAAUGCAAGGGUAUGAAUUCCAGCAUCAGUUCAACACUCUGAAGUUGGGAGGGUGUGAUAUGAUACUAGGGGUAAACACAGUGGAGGAUAGGGAACAAGAGCAGGAUCGUCCUGCACUAGAAAUAGAGGGAGUGCUGGUGAAAUUUGAUGAUGUAUUCCUAGAACCACAGGGAUUACCCCUUGAGAGGAGUCAGGACCAUUGCAUCACUCUCAAGGAGGGAGCUAAGCCAUUCCAGAUCAGGCCCUACAGAUGUCCCUAUAUUCAGAAGUCUGAGAUUGAAAAACAACUAAAUGAGCUGAUAGUCAAGAAUAAGUUCCCUAUGCCUCUCAUUGAUGAAUUGUUGGAUGAGCUACAUGGAUCCCAAUAUUUCACCAAGAUUGACCUUAUAGCUGGGUACUUCCAGAUAAGGGUAAGAAAGGAGGACAUUCCCAAAAUAGCUUUCAGAACUCAUCAGGGCCUUUAUGAGUUUAAGAUUAUGCCAUUUGGACUGACCAAUACCCUUGCAACCUUCCAGAGCCUGAUGAACCAUGUUUUUCAGAACCAGUUAAGGAAGCAUGUAUUAGUAUUCUUUGAUGACAUCUUAGUUUACAGUCCUACAUUAGAGGAACAUUUAAACCAUGUUACUGAGGUUUUGGACAUUCUAAGACAACACCAGCUUUAUGCAAAGAGGAGUAAGUGUUCAUUUGCACAGAAGCAAGUAGAAUACCUAGGCCACAUUACUACAGCAGAAGGAGUGAGAGCUGAUCCCAAAAAGAUUGACAGCAUGAUACAGUGGCCAAAGCCUGAAAACACUAGACAACUAAAAGGAUUCCUUGGUCUAACAGGUUACUACAGGAAAUUUGUCAAAGGAUAUGGAGCCAUUGCAAAACCACUAACUACAUUCCUCAAGAAGGAUGGUUUCAACUGGGGAGGUGAAGCUGAGGAAGCUUUUCAGAAGCUGAAGUUGGCUAUGUGUAGUACUCCUGUACUAGCUUUCCCAGACUUCUCUCAGCCUUUUGUAAUAGAGACAGAUGUCUGCUAUGGGGGAAUCGGAGUUGUGUUGAUGCAGAACAGGAGACCAUUGGCUUUUCUCAGUCAAAGCUUAGGGCAGAAGAACUUAGGAUUGUCAAUAUAUGAGAAGAAACUACUAGCAUUAGUCACAGCAGUCACUAAGUGGAGACACUACCUAGAGGGGCACCAUUUCAUCAUCAACACUGACCACCAAAGUCUAAAGUAUCUGUUGGAAUAG